AUGGACCGUGCCAUGGGGUUGCUUCAUCGUUGCCAAUCAUGGUCUACGUAUUGUGAUAGCUUUGGGACCAAAUCGAAUAUUCCUGAAGGAACGUUCGCAAUUGCUCGUCACUAUCAACUUGAAGUUGACAAAACUCAAAGUAAAGCGAACCCUCUUGCAUUCUACACUCCUGUCGCGAAGCGUACUCGAAACCAGGAAGCGCGGGGGGUCAAGAAGGAUCUUUACUUGGAGACUCCUACCAAGAUAAAAGGAGGUUUAUCUAGUUUUUCGAUUAAACGAAAAAGGACCGAGGCUACUCUUGAUUCAGAGGAUUCGGGGGACGAUGAAGAUGACAUCCGAACACCAUUCAAACCAACUACUCCAGUGCCACAGGACUUGGCAGCCAUUCUGUAUCCUCCAACAAAAGAUGAACAGAUUGUGAAUACAGCGCUGGUGGUAUUCCUUAAUGCCCUCACUAUCCACUUCGCUCUCUCUUUGGAUUGGACCUUGCACCGAAAAUCAUUUAAUGCAGUUUUCGAAAAUGCUGUGUUUCAAGCAAGAACGGACGGAUAUCUAGGUGAUUCGUAUGGAACGCCUAGCAUUCUUAUUGAGGUCAAACCCAUUGGGAGAUCCGCCAAACUGGAGCUCAUUCAAAUGCAAGAGAGUGCCCAAAUGGUCGCCUGGAUCAAAAGCGAUGACGAAAAAUCCCAGAAACGUCAUAAGACACGUCUUCAUGUAUCUCAAGACCGACAUGAGGUGUUCGUCACAGUCGCUAAAUAUGACGAGGGGUAUCUUAAUUAUCUCAACAACACGCACUCUCCAAGUGAUGACGAUGAUGGGUCCUUUUUAACAAUGCACCAAUUUGGUCCGUGGGAUACACUGGAUGAAUCACACAUCCGUGAGCUGGGGCCGAUUCUUCUGGCAAUCAGCUUGCAAGCUGAUGCUAAUAGCAACGCCCACUUGAUUUACUGA